AUGAGUUUCGACAAAGGCGUCAAAAUUGUGGUUGUGGGGGACUCUUUCGUCGGCAAAACAAGGUAAGGUUUUAUCAAUAACAACAUGUGUUUUAUGUAAAAACUUUUUUGAAAAUAACUUUAAAGUAGGGUAAAACUGGGUAGAGUAGGAUAAGCUAAGGCACUGUUGAUAAAGAAAGAUAGGGUACACUGUAAAGGGCAGUAGGAAAGACCAGAGUAUGGUCGGUGGAGGGUAGGGUAAAGUUUAUUUUUGACUAAACUACAGGGUGUCCCAAGAUUUUUGCGGAAAAGUAAAAGCUUGUUUCUCGAAAAGUACCAGUCCAAAUUGGACGAUUCUUUUUUUAGUACACUUGAAAUUGCGGGCGGAUUUGGUAUUGGUACUUCGUUUUUUGAUAUUCGGCGGAUGUUCGGCGGAGGCCGGCGGAGGCUACUUUUUUGCUUUGACCAAUCCAAAACCUUCAUUUUUUGGUUCCUAUGUCACCUGCUGAUUCGUCAAAACGCUUUCCAAUCAAAACAUGUCUUUCCCUGCAUCGGCGGACGACCGGCGGAGAAAAACGGCGAAGGCCAUAACUCCGCUCAAACUCAAUAUUUUUUCACCGGACAAAAAAUGGAAAUGUUAUUUUAAGCUGUUUAAUACAUUUAAUCAAGUUUACAGUUCAAAAAAUUUCAUCGGCGGACGAUCGGCGGAGAAAAUCGGCGAAGGCCGUAUCUUGGUCAAUUUUUGUGACAUAGGAACCAAAAAAUGAAGGUUUUGGAUUGGUCAAAGCAAAAAAGUAGCCUCCGCCGACCAUCCGCCGAAUAUCAAAAAACGAAGUACCAAUACCAAAUCCGCCCGCAAUUUCAAGUGUACUAAAAAAAGAAUCGUCCAAUUUGGACUGGUACUUUUCGAGAAACAAGCUUUUACUUUUCCGCAAAAAUCUUGGGACACCCUGUAUUAUAGUUCAAAGCUGAUAAUAUUGUUUGCAAUUGACGUAAAGAAGUUUUUGAUAAUUUUUAUGGCUUCUACUGACCACUGUUUAUUUGUUUUAGACCAAAUAAGGUUUCUAACUUUUGGGCGGUUUGUAAAAUGGAGUCAGCAACUUUUUGGAGCAGGGACUUUUUGAGGCGGAAAUUUUUAGAACAAUUUCAAAACAUUUCAAGUGUUACUGUUUUCCCUAGGGUUUUUAAGUAAAAAUUUAUAUUUUUAUGCGAAAUGACUAAUUCUUAUCAUCGCCUGAAAGUUUCUUGUCCCAAAAGCCCUUGCCUCACAAGUUCAUUAAGUUUUGCUCUAUUCUGUUGGAUGGCACAACAUAUUUUCUGUUAUAAAAUUUUUUGUCAAUAAAGUUAUGGGUUUUACUAAUUUUGAAAACAUUGAGGCUUUAAGCGUGAUAUUUUAAAGUUUUUAAAUGUUUGUCACUGUACAUAACUUGAAAUAUUUUGAAAUUCUAGACAAAAUAGUGCACCAAACUUUCUGACUUCUAAAACAGAUCAAAAUAUAAAAGAUCAUAAUCGAUUACUAUGAAUAAUCACAGGAACCAUAUUUCAGUUUGAUAUUCGCUUACACACAACAAACAUUCAUCGAGGAUUAUGAGCCUACAGUCUUUCAAAACUACUCGGCUAGCGUUAUCCUGGACCGGCGAAAAGUCAGUCUAAACCUAUUCGACACGACCGGUUCGACCCAAGAGAAGCUGGUCAAGCUACGGACCUUGUCAUAUCCUCAGGCUGAUGUCAUUUUACUAUGCUUUUCACUAAUCGAUCCACUGUCUUUGGAUUCGUGUAGAAGAAGGUGGAUUCCGGAGAUAAGACGGUACACUCAAGCACCGGUCAUACUGGUCGGUAUUAAAGAGGAUCUGGUUGAGAAGGCUCCUUUGGACAAGAGGAUUGAUAGGAAACAGGCUUUGAGGGUGGCCCAUGAGGUGAGUUUUUUAAGAUUAAAGUAGAUUUUUGUUGGAAAAGGGAGAGAUAUGUAGGGCUAAGGCUACUGUUUUUUACGGAGAAGGGGAAGGGGGGGGAACUUAAAUAUCUAUUUUAAAUUUAAAUUUUUAAACCUAAAAUCUGAUUCAAUUCAAAAAACAUUGAGUUCUAAUUAUUUAUACAUAAUGUUGUUGACCUUUUCGUUGUGUUUGACCUGGUUCUGACUAAAUUAUAUUAUUCUUCUCUUCGUUUGACGCUGUUAAAAUGGCUUUUUUGAAACCAUAAAAAAUUCCAGGAUUUUUAUGAAAAUUUUGAUUUAAUGAAGACACAAGGAACAUGUUAUGACGCAUUUUGUAAAUUAUUUUUAUAUUUUUGAAAAUUUAGUACUAUUUAGUACUAUUGGGUACUACAGAUGAUUUUCUUUAGUUAUAGUACUAUUUAAUACCAUACAAAACAAAAUUUUUUAUUUUGUUGAAAAUUGUAUUAAUUAGAACUAUUGGGUACUAUAAAUAAUACAAUUUGAUUAUUUUUAAAUUAUAGUACUAUUUAGUACCAAAAAACAAAACAAGUCAAAUUUUUCAAUUUUUUGUUUUUGUUUAGUACUAAUUUUGAAGACCUAAAACAUAGUUUUCAUACUCAAGUUUUCAGAUCGGUUGUAACCGCGUCCUCACCUGCUCAGCCCUCACUCUGCGUGGCCUCAAACGAGUGUUCGACGAAGCUUUAAUGGUGGCCUCGACCGGUAGUACGAUGGAUUCGAAGCCGCAGGCAACACAAAUGGGUUCAUGUUGUUGUCUGUUAUGA